UUUCCCUGCCUCACCCAACUAGACUCGACACAUUUGGCUCCCCUCAUGUUAAUGGCAAAAAGAACCGAGUGAGAAUAAUGGAUCGAAAUGUCAACUCGCCACGUGUACUUGCCGACCAACUACGGAGGUUUAUUCAGAAUCCGGAUUCGACUCCUUCAGGGAGCGGUAUAUCUUUAUCAGAUGCUGGAUUUGUUUUGUUAUCUUUAAAAGACCAAAUUUUAGCGGACUCAAUAAAGGCUCAACAUUUUUCGCAUGAGUUUGUAUCAAAGCCUAUCAACGGGAUUGAACUACUCGGAAAAGUGGUGAUUGUUCUGCAGGGAAUUGUGAACAGUGUUGAAGGAUCUGGAUCGAAAAUUUCCUACCUGCUCAAUAGAAAUUCGACAAAUGCCAAUCGAAAAAGAAAGGCAGCUGUUGCUGAGGCCGAUUGCAUUGAAAGCAUCAAACUGUUACUUGAGAAAUCAGAAUCAACAUGGAAGUCAUUUCUCGAAACAUCAACCGGAUUGGAUGCCAUAAUGUAUUCUAUUCAUUCGCCUCAGCUGGACUCCAAAUGUUACUCACUCGAGAUUCUUCUUCUGCUACUAGAACAACCGCAAGGAUUUGUGAUUUUAUUGAGGGCGCUGACUGUUUUGGCAGCAAGAAAUCGGGACUAUUUGAGGUUUUCCAUAUUUGUAGCACAACUCAAACAUGGUCUUCAUACAAAGAAACUUCACAUUCAGAUCCUUGUGGCUAGACUUUUCAACAAGUUGAUUGCAAGCGCACCAACUCCAGUGCACAGAGCACUUGUUAAAUCGGAAGUGUCAUUAGCCCAGUACAAUCCAGAAGUUGUCGAAAAACUCAUUGGAUACCCGAAUUCAUCCUACGGCGGAAUGGACACUUUGAUCGAUGAGUUGAACGCGUGGAAAUCACUGAACCAAUAUGUUGGAGGGUCGGGACCCACCGUUGAGCAUAACCACAUUUAUGGAACUUCUGAAGUGGACGGAAGCAGCAUAUCGGAAAGAAGUCGGAGGCAUGCUCCAAGCUCCAAGAUCAUGCCAGUGACAUCCGUCGUUAAAAACGUUGAACGUCAAAGAUUCCGAAAGCAGGGUGCUGGCUCCGGUGGAAGAGCUGCCGGCAAUUAUUACUUUGAAGGAGGUGGCGGCCCACGCUUGACUUAUGACCGAAGAUCACAAACAUUAUCGCAUGGUUCUUAUGCUGAACCAUCUUCUCCAAUACCACCAUCCAGAAUGGGUUACGCCACCGAGAGAAGAGAGCCGUUCGGUGCGAUGAGGCGAGCAAAAAGUGAAAGUGCAAUGGUUUUCAGAGAAAACAGGGAAGAGUAUGAAAAUGAUUCUCCUGAAAUGGCGCCACGCGGCUUGAAACGAUUUGGCAAUAACAGUCAAAAAGAGCAAGUCCAUUAUCACCCAAUCCAACAAGUGAAAACCUUGUCUCGAAGCGUUCAUGACUUGGCCAUCCGCGACGAUGAUCCAGGAACACUACUUCGACCAGUUUCUGCACGACCACCAUCAUCAGCGUCUCGAACACCGUACAGAGCAGUGUCCCCAGUUCCAGUUUCACCAAUUAUAAAGCAAGAUGCUGACAUACCGUCUAGACGACUAUCUAGUGCACUUUCUCCAAGAGCACGAUUUGCGGAUCCUCCGAUUGUUGAGGCUCAGCAUCCUCACGCAGGAUUUUCAUAUUUGUUCCCACAACAGCCAGUUGUCAGUUCAGUGUACAACAAAAAAAUGAUGUCGCCGGAACCAAGAGAAGUGACUAGCUCCACAUCAAAUCGUCCUGUAUCAGCGCCCCUGUACGCCACAGCAGGAAAUCACGAAGGCUCCAGCCGGCCCCUCUCUCCUCUGGAAAUUCAGAACUCAAUGUCCGGAACUCAUGAUUUCGAUAUGCCAGUUGCAUACAGUAAUGAGAAUGGACAAGUGGUGUAUGUUCCGAUUAAUAUUGAAAGUGGAGUCGGAGCCGGGCCACGGAGAGUGAGCAAAACGUCAAAGUUCGACUAUACUCCAAAUGAAUCUCGCAGCAAUAGUCGUGCAAAACUUCGGAGCCCAAGCAUUAACGGAGAAGAUGUUCGUAAUGCUCUGAGCCAGUUCGAUUACUUGUAUGACUAUGAAGCCGACCAAAACCCAAAAAAUCGCGAAGCCACUUAUCAUUUGUAAUGAAACCGAUUUGUCAUAAAUUUAACCACAGUGUAUCCCGAAAAUAAUUUUAAAUUUUAAAUUUGCUCAAAUAUAGGCUUAAGACUUGUUCAAAUUAAAUACCUUUUUUUUGUAUAUUUAAAAUAAAAAUCUUGUUAACAUAUAUAUGAACCCUUUUU